AUGGAAGGUGAUUUGAAGUAUAACGUUCGAACAUUUGCGGCGAGAUUUGGUGCUAAAAAUAUGACACUUCUUAGUAUGGGAAUUUUGCUGGUAAAUUAUAUUGGUGCUAUAUUGGUUGCCAUUUACAUGCCUCAGGUUAGAAAGAUGGACAAAGCAAAUUAUGUAAAGGAAGCAAUGGCGGUGGAGGACUCUGAAGAACCAGACACUUCAAUGGAGAAGAGAACCAGAAAAAGAAAACGCUCCAGAAGAAAGCUCAUUGACAACGAAAGAGUUGAGGUGAGAAGCGAGGAAGAAGGGUUUGAUGGGUCGUGGCACUCCGGCAUUGUCAUUGCAUGCCACGAUAAAGGGCACCGUCAUGUCCAGUACGAUCACCUUCUCGCCGAGGGCGGGUCCGGAAACCUAGUCGUCGUCGUUAGAGUGUCGGCGACUCUCGACGGCAUCGUUUCAGGCAAUCGGAGCUACUCCUCGCACGGCCACCGCGGAAACAUAAGGCCGUCACCGCCGCCGGCGAAUUGGUUGCAGAAUUGGGGGCUUUCCUACGGUAUGUGCGUGGAUGCGUUGUACAAGGACGCGUGGUGGGAGGGUGUGAUCUUCGAUCACGACGACGGGUCGCCGGAGAGGAUGAUUUUCUUCCCGGAUUUGGGCGAUGAGAUGAGGUUGGGAAUUGAGAAGUUGAGGAUCACUCAGGAUUGGGAUGAGCUGACUGAGAAUUGGACUCGGCGUGGGAUGUGGGUGUUGCUUGAGUCCAUUGACGAAUUCGAGAAAAAUUGUCUCCUUCCUGUCUCUGUUAAGCAACUGUGGUAUGAUAUGAGGGAAAAGAAGAGUUUUAAGAAGGUGAAGGACUGGACUUGUAAGGAAAAUCAUUUGUGGGAGAGGAUGGUUUUAGAGGUUGUUGAUGAGUACUUGAGAUUUUCAGCGAAAGAACUGUCUCGGAGAUUAGAUGAAAUCCAGGAAGAAUUGAUUGAUUCUGAUGAUUUUGUACUUGUUGAUGAAACAGGGAAUAGGGAUAUGGUGAUUGAUCAUGGGACUAUUGAGAAAGAUGCUUUGGAAUCAGCUCGGCCCAGUUUGGACGUUCAUAUUGAUUAUGAAGCAGAAAUGAUCAAUUCUAAAGCUGUUGUACUCUUUGACAAUGAGAUGGGAAGUGGAAGAGUGAGUGAUAAUGGAGUGAUUGCGAAGAAUGUAGGCGAAUUUAGUGGUGGAAUUACUGAUGAAUCACUUGCCAUCAGUCAAAGUGAUGCUUUUCUGGAACCUGGUAUGGAUCAAUUAGCUUCUGUAGUGAACUGCGAUGCAUCAACUGUGAAUCUGUUGUCCGACUCAACCGUAUCUCACCACAAAGAUGAUCCGAAAAGAUUGAUUGCGUUGUCUACCAUGUCUCUACCUCUUGAACAACCACAACAGAGUCAAAAUCCUGAUUGUUGUCCUCGGACUGCGGUGUUCCCUUCUUUGACUGAAGACGCCAAUCCUGACCAUUUCUCUCACCCAGUUAUGGUUUAUUUGUGGCAUGCACGUGAAAAAGGUUGCAAAAAAUUACCAGACAUGAGAUCAGAAGCAAAAAAGCAACUCUGUGCUGCGGGAUGGGAAAUCAGAGUGAAUCAUUACCCGAGAUGUAGACGAAAGAUGGUGCAGUAUAAGUCAUCAACAGGAAAUACCUAUGGGUCCAUUAUGGCUGCUUGCAAAGGUUAUUUGAAAGAAGAAAGGUACAAGAGUCCUGUUUCUUCAUAUGGACGUGCCAAAUGCAUUAAUUUUGGUGGAGAAACUGAGGUCUUUUCUACUAGCAAUAUGUUAUCAUUCACGGGAAAUGACUUGCACUUUCAGGAAGAUAUGGUUCAGCCAGACACUCUGUGCAAAAAGUUAUCCAGAGAGUCUUCUAGUGUUGCAAAGUCGAGUAAAUUUACUGAGUUUGAAAAAGUAAAGGUCCAAGGGGUCAGAAGAAAACGAAAAAAGAGAAAUGGUAAUUUACUAAAUGAUGCAGAUCGUGUAUUUCAAACACAGAUCAACUUACAUGAAAGAAGAUGUAGGUUGAGAAAUGGUUCAAAGAAAGAUGGAAAACCAAGUCACCCAAAGAAUCAAAAUUCCUCUCUCCUGAAGGUAAAGAAAAGGAAGAAGUCACAGGCAUUCAUCAGCUCAAGAUAUGGUAAGGAUCAUACUCGUCCAAAGCGUGUAUUAAGGUCAAGCAAACUUGUGCAAGAAGUGGUUAUUCCGGAUUCGUCUCACCACAAUCCGCGGAGUAUACUUUCUUGGUUGAUAGACAACAACAAAGUGUUACCAAGAGCGAAAGUACAUUAUCGUAUUGGAAAGGACCCAUCUUCUAAAGAAGGGAGAAUAACUCGUUAUGGGAUCAAGUGCGGCUGCUGUCGGAAGGUGUUUGGUCUUAGUAGCUUUGAAGUUCAUGCCGGUAGCAGUUGCCGUACACUUUCUGCUAAUAUAGUUUUGGAAGGUGACGUUCCAAAGUCUCUCUUAGAAUGCCAGAGGGAAAUUAUAUGCGAAAGUAAGAUGCAAAGCUUGACAACAGAAUCAUGUGAGGCAGUGAAGAGCAAUUGGUGCCGAGGUGAGAAUGACUACAUUUGUUCUGUGUGCCACUAUGGCGGCGAAUUGCUGCUAUGCGAUCAAUGUCCAUCAUCAUUUCACAAGAGUUGUCUCGGUCUAGAGGAUAUUCCAGAUGGAGACUGGUUCUGCCCUUGUUGCUGCUGUGGGAUUUGUGGUGAGAACAAAUUUCAGGAGGAGGAGCAAACUAAGGAGGGAAGUGUUCUCACCUGCAGUCAAUGCGAGCGUAAUUAUCAUGUCGGGUGCUUCAGGAAUAGACUGCCAUCUCAACUGGAAAGUCAUCCCAUGAAAAAAUGGUUUUGCACUGAAAUGUGUGAAAAGAUUUUUUUCAACCUUCAAGAGCUUCUUGGAAAAUCGAUCACCGUCGGUGAGGAGUUUGGGGAAAAGCUAACUUGGUCGUUACUGAAGUCCCCGAAGGCUGAUAGUAGCUGUGCUAACUCUAAUGAUAUUGAUGCGUGGAUGAAAUUGAGCGAGCUAAAUGUUGCUCUUGGUGUGAUGCACGAGUGUUUUGAGCCGGUUAAGGAGUCUCGUACAAACCGAGAUCUCAUGGAAGAUAUUUUAUUCAAUAGAAGGUCAGAUCUUAAACGUCUGGACUUCCAAGGAUUCUAUACAGUACUCUUAUCAAGACACGAUGAACUGAUUUCUGUUGCUACUGUGAGGGUCUAUGGACAGAAGGUGGCAGAAGUUCCUCUUGUUGGUACACGACUUCAAUACCGUCGACGUGGAAUGUGUCGCAUAUUGAUGAAUGAACUUGAAAAGACGCUUAUGGGAUUAGGAGUUGAGAGGUUGAUUUUGCCUGCCAUUCCUAGCGUGCUAAACACAUGGACUACUUCAUUUGGGUUUUCACAAAUGACUGCUUCUGAGAGGUUACAGUUUUUGGAUUAUACUUUCCUGGAUUUCCAGGAUACUAUCAUGUGCCAGAAACGAUUGAAAGUCCCUUCAGCUGAGUUAAUAAGCCCAUUCAGAGGGCCUAAGUUUCAUGAUGACGUCUGUGAAGAUGGAGAUAGCCCUGAUUUUGAUAGAUCUAGUGCCGCCUCUGAAGUAUAUCAAGCAGACCAAAUCGAAGAUGGUCGAGUCACAGACCAAGUACAACUGGGGUGA